CGUUCUCGCGCUGCUGUGCUGUAUGUACAAAGAUGGCUGUCCUGUACGGUAGGGAUGGACGUGCGCACAGGUGUUGCGUGUAAAACGAUGAACUGAAACUUUGUCUGAAUUGAAUAAUAGUAAUAACAACAACAACAAUAAUAAUAAUAAUAAUAAGUGUUUUAGAGCCAUAGAUUUGUUCACGAUGCCGUCCCCGAGACCUGUCAGAGCGGGCAGCGCGCGCAGCAGCAGUGUUUCCGGUGUAGGCAGUGGCAGCAGCGGCGGUCGGUACGAGUUUAUGUCGCUGACUCGGACGCCUCCACUUUCUCCGUCCCCUCCUUCGCACCUCCUCCAGAGGCAAGGCUCUGACCCGACAACAGCGCGGCUACGUGCCUCCGAGAGCCCGAACCGGCGUCGCAGAGGCUCCGCGUCCUCCAACGCGUCCACGUCAUCGACCGGCGGCGUGCAGCAGUUACCGGAAGAGGACUGCAUGCACCUUAACCCGUCCAUCAUCAGCGUGGCGCUCAGCUCUCUGCUCGCCGUGGACCUGUGGCUCUCCAAGCGGCUCGGUGUGUGCGCGUGCGAGGAGUCAUCAUGGGGAAGCGCGCGCCCGAUAAUGAAGCUGGUGGAGAUUUCCGGUCACGGUAUACCGUGGCUCAUCGGUGCCGCGUACUGCAUGUACAAAAGCGACAGCGCCGCGGGGCAGGAGGUCAUGCUGAACCUGCUCAUGGCUUUGGUAUUGGACUUGGUGCUAGUGGCCAUAGUUAAAGCCGUGGUACGUCGCCGACGUCCUGCUCAUAACCGCAUGGACAUGUUUGCCACAUUUUCUGUGGACAGAUACUCCUUCCCAUCAGGCCAUUCCACUCGGGCUGCUAUGUGUGCCCGUUUCCUGCUGGCACACCUGGUUCUAGCGGCUCCACUUCGUGUACUCGUCAUGCUCUGGGCGGUAUUCGUCGGCCUCUCCCGGGUCCUUCUUGGGCGUCACAACGUCACAGAUGUGGCCUUUGGCUUCUUCAUGGGCUACUGCCAGUACAACCUGGUGGAGUUGCUGUGGUUGUCACCAGCGACGCUGUAUAGCAUGAUGGGUCAGCUGGAGUGAAGCCAAAAGCAAGCAGUAGAGACACUACGAUGGAAGACAGGAAAAAAAAAGACUUGAUCUGUUGAACUGUAGGCACUGUGAUAGUAAUAAUUCCGUAUCGUCACUAAUAUUUUUGUGUGAAUUUGUCACAGUUUUGAAUUUUCUCUCUUUACUAAAUAUUUGGAAGGUAAAUGUAAUCGGUAUCCACUCUUCUCCUGGAUCAAUCCGAUUGUAUAAUCGGUCUGAAAAUCGGCUUGACACGGUGUAAAAGGACGACCUCUGAUCUCUCCAACCCAAUGCGCCAAUGCCUAAUACCAUGUUCCACAGAAUUAAAAAUCACGUUAAAACCCCUCAGAAUCAAUCAACAGUCUAUCAUUUAGCAGUAAUUGAGUCGACAUUAGAAAUUAAAACAAAAUCUUCUCCUUCCAGGUGUUUUCUCUGUGAAUGGAUAAUAUGGGAUCAUGUGUAUACUAAUCAGUAAUGUGUAAAUGCUCGAAUGUUUUUAAUCCUCUGAGUGACUGUUUAGUGAUUCAUCACAGGCACGAAGCUGAAAGAAGUACGUGUCUGUCGGUAUACAUAAGGUCCGUCAGCGGAUCAGAUUGGAAACAACAGAGUUGAAAAAUAAUCCAGAUCAUCUGUCGUCUCCUUCUCCUUCAUCUGUGCAUCUCUAAUAUUUAAGCAUGUGGAUUAUGAAGAACCUCACUUGUAUUGACAUAAUGCAGAUUUCUCUGAGCUUUUUUUACCUAAGGAUUUAGGUUGAUGCCGAGAGUUAACGCUGUGCAAUCUUCUCUAAUGUUAUUAUGUUUACUUUUACAUUUUACAACACUAAUGAUUUAUGAAGCACCGCUGUUUUAUUUCAUCGUUGUUGUUCUUUUUAUAGAAACCGAUGUGUGUGUUUUUUCUUUGCUGGUGUCCGAAUCCUUUUAGUAUUCUCUAUUGUUUCUGUAUAUUGGAAUUAUUUUCACUUCCUACUUUAAUAGGAAUACCUGUACAUUGGAUAAUUAAUUAAUUAUCCAGUAAGACGUACUGUAGUAAUGCAAUCCCUAACCACAUGCAGCUACAUGGCCCAAAAUUUAACCCUGUGAACGACACAAUUAUCAGUGUCGCUCACACGUCAUGUCAAAACGAAUGACCACUCUUUACAGCCGUGAUGCAUAGAAAGGCAUCCCGAAACAUCCAAGAAUAUGGAUGCUGAGGCUACAGCGGACAAAAGCUAAUUAAACUGGACAGCUGAGGAUUGAAAAAGGGCCAGGUGAUGAUUGGAAAUCUGUCCAGUUUCAGUGAGAUUGACCCGGUGUAGCAUCACGGUCCUGUUCCAUACUGAGAUGCUUUUCUGCGUGAGUCACUGUGAUCACACUGUCCCCCAAUCUGAAGCUCUUGACUCUGUAUCUGCAUGAUUGUAUGGAUUGCACUGCAGCCACAGAUGCUACAACAUGUUCAUGUUCGUGUUACAAUAACAUUUAAGUGUCCUUCACUUACACUGGCAGUUUAAGAAUUUAAUACCUGGUCUGAUUAGACUAAUCUUAAUUUAGCACGGAUGAUAAAAAGAAACAGGACUUUUAUUUCCGUAGACAGAACAAGUAGUAGUAAAGUAGGUAGUUUUAAGCAGGUGCUCUGUGUGUUGUACUUAUGCAUGUUGUACUUUUCAGGCACUUUCCUCCACAUCUGCUACAUUAGUGAUUUAGAUGAUGAGUUCAUUUUAGCACCCAAAAGCCACAAACAUUCCUUUUCAGUUCUCCAUAUUUCCUUGUAAAGGAACGAUGUAAUCAAGUUUGUGUCGCUCAGUCGCUCAUCAUCUUGUAUUAUUUUUGUUCUUUCCUUCAUAUUUUGUGCUUUGUUGUGCUUUUCGGUUCAUGUGCAGCACUUUCUUCUGCUGAUGUAACUAAUAAUCUGCAGGAGUUAACUGAUUUACAGAUGCACUCUAAAUAUAGUCCUGAUCUAAGAAGCCUUUCUAGCUCAACACUGACAUGUAUAUUAUUCUAACUAGGUUACCUUAUGAGAGGUAAUGCAUUGCUUACUGUGAUGUUGCAUGCCAAAAAAAACUGGUAGGAAGCCAGUUUUGUUCCCAUUUGUGUGGUACUUCUGACUGUUGUAACCUUUUCUGGCAAUAACAGCUGUUGUUUUCAUCACUCUUGUGUAUCUUCGGGUCUUUUGGCUUUCGAGAAUGAGGAACACAGGCUCACCAAAGGCACUUUGUCAUGUAUGAACCGCAAUAAUCUUUUUUUCCGGUGGGGUUUAUUUACCAGGGACCUUUUUUUUUUUUUUUUUUUUUUUUUUAAAUAUAUAAAAGAAGUGCAAGGCUGAAUGAAUGCUGAAGGUUCAUGGCCUGCAUUCACUUGUGUCUGGUUCACGCUGGUUCCAUUACUGUAGCCAUGACCAGUUCAGUGUGUGAUCUCAGGUCUGCCUUCCAGUCCUGUAACGUUUCAUUGUUUGCCUUCAUUGUGUGACCUCCGGUGACUUCACCAGCUAUUCACAAAAAUGAUAUGAAUUCUCAAUCUCUACACAUGUACUGUUAAUGGGUGUAUAAUGUAAAAUCUUUUGUUGGUGUCAAAAAAUAUGCUGCAAAAAAUGUAAAAGUUAUAAAAGUAAUAUAUGUUUGUGGUGGUUAUACAUGUGAUAAAUCAUUCUGUGGUAGUAUUUUCUAAAAUAAAUACAGAAAUGACCGCAAUCAA